ACCAACACUCGUACCCAAAAUAAAGAAGAGUUUGUUCGAAUGAAUAUUUUACCCAAAAAACGCUGGCAUGUGCGCACCAAGGAAAACAUCGCCCGGGUGCGUCGCGAUGAGGCGGCAGCCCAAGUGGAGGAGCAGAAGCGCCAGGAGAAACUAGAAUUAGCUGAGAGCGAGGCCCGUAUAAACUUUCUGCGGCGCCAAUCUGGACUUCCUGAAAAAGCUUCCCACGCCCAAAGUGCCUCCGCCCACAAUGCGACGGAAGCACAAGCACCGUUGAACCUAUUCGAGGACUACCGAAGCCAUGUGAAGACCACCAAUAAGGAACUGGAGAAGGAAAAGAAAGAAGAACAGGAGAAGUACGAGAAACAGAUCGGCUACCUCACAUAUUUGGUCCAGGACACAAAUGAGGCGCUGAAAGUGCACAGUUGGUACGAAGUGGCCCCCAAAAGAGAGGUAGUCGGCGGUCCUAACUCUCAGGAAUUGCAUCUCAAACAGAAGUUGGGCCAAGAUCCUUUAACCUUGAUUAAUUCUUUGCUGCCGCCAGAAAAAAAGGAGCCCAAGGAGGUAAAUAAACGAAAAAGAGAAAGAACUCCGACGAUCCCACCCAGAGAGUCAUCCAUCGCGAGGUCCUCCCAUUCCAAGUCAAAGAAGCAGAAAAGGGAGAAACAUGAGAAAAAACACAAGAAGAGUAAAAAACACAAGAGGCAACGGGAGGCCAAGAAAAGCACAUUUUCGGAUGCUGAACGUCAGAAGCGCGAAAAUCUGGACAGGUUGAGAAGGGAACGCCUGAGACGAGAGGUAGCUGAACGACAGCGAUCUGAAGCUCUGUUUGCACCCAAGGAACCUGCUGGAGCACCAAGUGUAGCAACCACGCCAGCUCCUACUCCCAAAAUAAAACAAAAGUACAAUAGUCAGUUUAAUCCAGAAUUGGCAAAGCAGAAUCUAGUUUAGUAUUAAAAUGUUUGUUGCCA